AAAGUCAAGCGUGAAUUAUUACACAAGCUUGAAUCGGCAGAGGAAUGCAGGCCAAGAACACGCCACACCAGCACCGUCGCUGUCCAGAAAGGAACUACAUCCCUUCCAAUGGUUCGAGUCUCGUUGAUCCUAUUGGUUUUGGGCUCCGUUUUGAUCGGGUGGACUAGCUCGCACCAGGAGUCUGGGGACUGGAGCUGUGAGUCUGACUCGGGAAUCCGAGUGCAAGCCGAGUUCAGGCCCGGAAUUGUCACCCUCGAUGGUCACGCCGACGAUUGGAAUGAUAUUGAUGGAUUCGAGUUCUCUCUUCUUCCUGCUCUGGACCCCGAUGACGAUAAAGAGUACAAGGGUGGAAAAAUGACCGUUAAGGCCUUGCACGAUGGUAAGGAUUUGUUCUUCUUGUUGCAAGUUGAUGGGGACUAUGCCUACGCGAAAGGCAAUAACAAUAAAUGCCCAUCUGUGGCCCUCAUGUUUCCAAUCGGUGACCACGCCACCUACCACAAUAUGGGUGGUUGUAAGGAAGGAACUAAUUCUUGCACCAGCAAAACUUGCAAAGGCCACGAAGUAGACAUGAUGCAUUUCUCAAUUGGAAAUGCUAUUCCUGGACGGCUCUAUGGUGGGAAUCUGAUAGACAACAGAGAUGGAAAUGGUGGUGACAGGUUUGGCCAUUUGGUCGAUCUAUAUGCAUGGAAUCCACACUGUAGAUACAUUGAUGGAAUUGGUCCUUCAGGAAAUGAUUCUAGUGCACAGAAUAAUUGGAAGGGGGCAUGGUGGCACACUAUCUUUACUGAUCACUCAGGUUUUGUAGAGGAAGACAGUCCUUAUGGUUCUGAUGGUCAAAAAGGCACUUAUUUAUUUGAAUUCUCUAGGCCUUUAAGAACCAUGGAUCGUCUCCAGCAGGAUGCUCAAUUUACAAUUAGUGGAUCUAGCAAGAUGGCUGUUGCAUUCUGGUAUCCUGUUGAUGGGAAUCCAUGGCAUGGAUCUGGUCAUUUUUCUAUAAACUGUGAUUGGAUACCCUUAGAUAUCUCUCCUAGCAGUUCAAUGCUAUCACCAGGCGGCUCAGGAGAUGUGGGCGGUGCCAUAGCCCUUUUAUUUUCAGUAGUGUCUUUAUGCAUCUCUGUUUUUGUGGGAUAUAGAGUCGCUAGACCUAAGGGUAUCCCUUUUACACCCGUUGGGACAACCAUGGAGAACCUUUAGAAGAGCAGUAUGGGUGUGAAACUGUACUACAAGGUGAGAGUUGUACUUCUUAGUUUUGUACUUUGGUCACUACCACAUCACUACAUUUUAUAUUGCAAGUUAAUUGUUAAUUUAUUCACACAUACUUUUGUAAUUAAGUUUUAUCACUUUGUCAUUCA